GGAAAGAAUCCCAGGAAUUCGUUUCCUGUGAAAUUUGGCAAGAGGAGAGAACUGGACGUAGAGCCAAGCUCGGAGAGCAUUGACCAAGAUCCACAGACAGAGAUGGGCUCACACAACAGUCCUUUUACAGAUGGACCGAGGACGAGGAUGAGGACUCCCGGAGUUUAGAGCGAAUUAACCCGCUUCCCCAGUCCGCUUGCACCGAGCAGGGAAAAACACACAUUACGGGGUUUCAGCCAUGGCUGAACCCCUGCUGAAACGGACCUUCUCUCGGCUGCGGGGAAAGGAUCGAUCCCGGCGGAAAACGGACCCCAAACUUAAUGACAUCCAGCGGAAGAGUGAUGUCAUCCAAAGCGCUUCAUCCUCAUCGUUGUCAACGGUAACGACAGAGGAGGCUGAACCCCCGACCCUUCCACCGGAGGACAGCACCACCACCCCACGCACCCAGAUAACAGUGGCCAAGAAACAGCAGUGGGCCAAACUGGCCUCCACACCAGGCACAGAGGGCUCUCACAGCCUGCUCUACGGGGCUUGUGACUCGGAUAGCAGCUCAGGAAAGGCCCAGGUCUCAACCGCCAAACAGGCCUGGAGCCAGAAGACGUUAGUGGAGGCCGGGCUGGACAGGAGGAGGUGUGAUGAUUUAGACUGGGAGCAUCAGGGACAAUGUAGCACCUCCUUCUGUGAGCCUCCUCCCCCUGUCCACACCGCAGUCCCAGAGUUCACCAACCCUAUAGGAGGUUACGCUGAGAUCUGUGUCUCCUCCUGUAUGGUGAAGUCCUCGGGGUCAGGGGCCUAUCUCCAGACCCUGGACAGGAGCAGCCGAGCCUGGGUACUGUCCACAGGAAAGAGCCAGGCUGCCGACGAGUCCUACUCGCGUCUAGGCCUCCCCCCCAACUGCUUCGCUGAGCUGAGGCAACGCACAGAAGGGGACAACAACAUUUGGUACAACCCUAUUCCAGAGGAGGAGGACGUGUUGCGUGGCAUCGGAGGUUUAGGACGUUUAAGAGGAGGAGGUGGAGGAGGAGGAGGAGGUGGAGGAGGAGGAGGAGGAGGUGGAGGAGGGGGAGGGGGUGUUAGGUUAGAUAGUGAGAACCCCUGGAGGAGGAGGGAGACAGAGGGGCUGUCAGAGACGUCGAGGGAUCCCCAGAUGAGGAGCCAGCGACGGGCAGGGAUGGUGGUGAGCCCUGGCACCGGUGGAGGUGGAGGGGCCUCCCGUUUAGAGCGUCAUGCCACCCAGAACCAGUGCCCUUCAGGUGGCUCCAGCCCAGACAGCGCCCAUCAAACCAAAGCCAUCACAUUAGACAGCUCAGCCUGCAGUAGGAGAGACAGAGACGGAGACAGCCCAGAUGUAAUUCAACAGAUCCAGAGUGAGGAACUGCAGUCUUUCGGGGUUGCAGGUGGAGAAGGGGGUGUUUCCAGCUCCGGAGGAGGUGUGUCAGUCCCCUCAGACAGCCCCGGUGCCCAGAAGAAAGGGGGCGUGGCCAGCAGCAUGAUGGACAGGAUCAAAUCCCCAGGAAUGGUCCGGAAAUCCCUUUCCAUGAAGAUGAAGAAGCUCCCCGAACUCCGCCGUAAACUCAGCCUGCGCUCCUCUCGCUCCCAUCGCCACGGGAAGGAGGGGACGGGCCGAGGAGGAGGGGACGGGGGUGGAGAGGGGACAUCACCCCCAGACGUCCGUAAGGAGCAGUCCAACGAGGUGAUCAGCAGGUACCACCUGGACACUUCGGCCCCGGCGAGACCACAACGACGCUCCUCCAGGGGACGCUCCUCUGCCGCCAGUAAGGGGGGCUACCUGAGCGACGGAGAUUCACCUGAGCUGCUGCCCAAACAGGGUGGACCAGGGGGACCCUCCUCGGCCCACAACCCCCCUCUUCCACCACCCCGCUCCACCCACCACUCCAGCCAGGAGGGAGUGACCAUGACCUCUGACCUGAGCUCGUUCAGAGUCUACAACUUGUCGGACCAGCCACGGUGCGCCCAGCGCGUCUCCGGCCUGCUCACGGUGCAUCUCGUUGGGGUGGAGAAACUGCUGAGGGCCCCUAAACAGGACGCCAGUAAGGAGGUGUUCUGUGCCAUCCAGGUGGAUGGUGUAACCAGGGCCCGUACCGGCCUGCUAACCUCCGGGGGCUCUCUGCCCCUCAACCACACCUUCAACCUGGAGCUGGAGAGGGCCAGGCUGCUGAAACUGGUGGUGCUCACCCCUUACCCCGGGGCUGAGACUACCACCAUGAAGGGCAGCGACUCCACAGCAGCGACCAGGAACAGGGUCUGCUGUCUGGGGCUGUCCUCUCGGUCUCAGCAGAUAUGCGUUAGAUUAGAGCCCAGGGGUCUACUGUACGUGAAGCUGACCCUGCUGGAGCAGUGGGAGCCCCCCGACCCCCGACCCUGCCACCUCAACCCCCCCAUGGUGUUUGGAGUGGAGCUGCGCCACCUGGUGGACAAGGAGAACACCGCUGCCCCCGUUCCUCUGCUCAUACAGAAGAGUGUGGCUGAGAUCCAGAAGAGAGGACUGAGGGUGGUGGGUCUGUACCGUCUGUGUGGUUCAGCUGCAGUGAAGAAGGAACUGAGAGACGCGUUUGAGAAGGACAGUGCUGCUGUCAGCCUGAAUGAAGAGGUUUAUCCUGACAUCAACGUCAUCACAGGUCAGUCCCCUGUCCCCCUAAACCAGUCUCUAUCAGAGGGACAGUGCUGCUGUCAGCCUGAAUGAAGAGGUUUAUCCUGACAUCAACGUCAUCACAGGUCAGU